CAAGUUUCAUUGAGGUGGAGAUAUGUAGGCAAAGCCCCGGGCUGUGGCGGCUGGACGGGAGCUUCGCGGCUUGGAAGACGCGCUUUUCUCGCCUGAGACCGAGCGCGCGCGCAAGGGAGAGCUGGCCGCUGGGCAGCUUCCGACGCUCCCGCGAUGCCUCCUGCCUAGACGCUCGGGACAGUUUGGUGGCGCCUCGCUCGGAGCGCCCGAAGUUCGGCUGGUCCCCGACGGGGCGGCUCUUGUUAUGUCUGGGAAUCUCGCGCGUGAACUGUGAGGGAUCCGGGACAGGCGCAGCCAUGCGCGACAGAGACGGCUCGGUUUGAGCUCAUCUAAGGCAGCGCUCAAGGCGAUAACCCCCCUCCCCACCCCCACCCCACGCCCGCCCUGAUGAGGGCUGGAGCAAAAUGGUUCUCAAGUGAACAAACUAAAGACUUUCCUCUGCAAGAGAAACGGUGCGCCUUGAGUUGGAAGCCUUAAGAAGCGGAUCUUGCUAGCCGCGCUUCGGAGUUGUUGGGCUUUUUGUUGCUUUUUGGACGGGCUGCUCUGGAGAUGUCGAAGGGCUCUUGAGAAGAAGCCCGCAGGACAGGCAGAGAGAAUGCUCGUUUGCUCCAGCCCCGGACAAGGGUGGACCUCAAAGACAGGAGCUGGCGCCUGGUGACAUUGCAAGUGAUCCUGGUCUCCUUUGUUUCGCCAAGACUCGAAGUGGUCCCAUCUCCCAGCGAUGGCAACAGAAGUGGUGUGUGGAUUGAUCUUCAGACUACUACUUCCCAUCUGUCUAGUCACUGCAUGUGCGUUCCGCUACAAUGGGCUCUCAUUUGUCUACCUCAUCUACCUGCUACUCAUUCCUCUUUUUUCGGAACCUACAAAAACAACAAUGCAAGGGCAUACAGGCCGGUUACUAAAAUCCUUGUGCUUCAUGAGUCUAACAUUUCUGCUUCUGCACAUCGUAUUUCAAAUCACAAUAAACAGCCUUGAAGCUGGUAAAAGUAUUAAACCUGAUUAUAACUGCUUGACCUGGGAAAAAACACUCCGGCAAAUUGGAUUUGAAAGUGUCAAAGGGGCAGAUGCUGGCAAUGGGAUCCGAAUUUUUGUUCCUGAUAUUGGUAUGUUCAUUGCCAGCCUUACCAUAUGGCUUGUCUGCAGAAACAUUGUUCAAAAAGCAGCGCAAGAGGAUGCAGGACAGUAUAACACACAGUUUGAAAAUGAAGACAUGAAUGAAGGGGAGAGACUAGAGGCAGAUGAUGCAUUAAUAUAUGAAGACUUAGAUGAUGCAGAACAUGGGGAAGAAGAAUCUGAAGAAACCACAAAAUUAAAACUGCUGCGUAGAAUUGCCUCAAUAGCUUCAAAAGUGAAGGAGAUUAUUGGCAAUAUUAUAACCACAGCUGGAAAAGUUGUUGUUACGAUUUUACUUGGUACAACAGGAAUGAUGUUGCCAUCGCUGACUUCAGCUGUGUAUUUCUUUUUAUUCUUGGGUUUGUGUACAUGGUGGUCCUGUUGCCGAGUGUUUGAUCCGCUGAUAUUCAGCUGUCUCUGUGUGUUAAUGGCUAUAUUCAGUGCAGGCCACUUAAUUGGACUUUACCUGUACCAGUUACAGUUUUUCCAGGAAAUUAUUCCACCCGAUGACUUUUAUGCCAGAUUAUUUGGUGUCACUUCAGUUAUUCAGACCAACUGUUCAAGCACUUGGAAAAUUAUAACUAACCAAAAGUUGUUUUGGUAUCACCAUACUAGCCCCAUCUUGGUGCUGCUGUUAUACUAUACCCUAGCAACUCUCAUUCGACUUUGGCUCCAUGAACCUAUUGUACAGCAUAUACCUGAUGAUGAUGAUAAAUCUGGUAACAGGGAAGAGGAAACAGACUGCACUCAUGUCCAAAUGACUGCAGAAAGAAGGCGCAGUUUGUGGUAUACAAGCCGCUACACAACUGAUGAAAGAAAACUUCUGUCAAUGACUCAAGAUGAUCACAAGCCAUCUGAUGUUCUUCUAGUAACAGUGAAUGGUACACCUGUAGACUAUCAGAGCAUACACCCAUUGUGUCCCAUGGAGAAUGGGCCUGCGAGGGUAGAUAUGUAUUCAAGACCGCACUACAAAUGGGACCCAACAGUUGAUGACUUAGAAAAGAAAGAGGAAGAAGAGGAUGAGGAAGAGGAUGAGGAAGAAAAUGUUGAGGAAGAAGUGAAUCCCAAAGUUCAUGCAAUGGUCACAGUUUUCCAUUUUAUCAUGAAGCAAAGUUAUGUUUGUGCUCUGAUUGCCAUGAUGGCCUGGAGUAUUACUUACCAUAGCUGGUUGACAUUUGUGAUGCUGAUAUGGUCCUGCAUACUUUGGAUGCUGCGUGACCGAAGAAAAUACGCUAUGAUCAGUUCACCUUUUAUGGUGGUAUAUGGAAACUUGUUAUUAACAUUUCAGUACAUUUGGAGUAUUGAUCUGAAUGAGAAUGAACUUCCAACGGUUUCAGGAUUUCUAGAACGGAAAGCUCCUACAGAAUUAGCAUCAAAGAUUCUUUUUGCAGUUACAUUUUGGCUACUGCUCAGACAACAUCUCACGGAGCGGAAAGCUUUUCAAUUAAAAGAAGCUGUUUUAUCAGAGGUAAAAGUUGAAGAAGAAGAGAGUGAAGAAAAAGAAGGGGAAUCCCAAAAAGAUGAAGAAGAAUCCCAAAAGGAUGAAGUGGAGCAAUUGGAGGGAGAGGAGGAAAGAGGGGAGGAGGAGGUGGAGGAGGAAGAGGAGGAGGAAGAAGAUGUAAUGAAGGUCCUGGGAAACCUGGUGAUGGCUAUGUUCAUUAAAUACUGGAUUUAUGUCUGUGGAGGAAUGUUCUUUUUUGUCAGCUUUGAAGGGAAAAUUGUCAUGUACAAAAUCAUCUAUAUGAUGCUCUUCUUGUUCUGUGUAGUCCUAUAUCAGGUGCACUAUGAAUGGUGGCGGCGAAUUUUGAAAUAUUUUUGGAUGUCAGUGGUGGUUUACACGAUGCUAGUACUUGUUUUUAUCUACACAUAUCAGUUUAAAUCAUUUCCUGGGUUGUGGAAAAACAUGACAGGGAUGAAUGAGAAACAACUAGAAGAUCUUGGCUUAAAGCAGUUUUCUGUAGCAGAGUUGUUUACCCGCAUCUUUAUUCCAACCUCCUUUUUGUUAGUGUGUAUCUUACACCUACAUUAUUUCCAUGACCGUUUCCUUGAACUCACGGAUUUGAAAGCCAUAAUCAGCAAACAGGAUAGUGCCAUUUACAGGCUGGUUCAUCAAGAUGGAAGCCUGCCUGAUAUCACAAUGAUGAAUUUAAAUGCCAGUUUUGGAAAGGAACAGGAGAACAUUUUACGAGAGCAGGAAAAUGUGUUACAAGAGCAGGAAAAAAAUGAGCAGGAAAAUGUUUUAGAGCAAGAAAACAUUUUACAAGGGCCAGAAAAAAUGUACCAAGAGCAGGAAAACAUGUUCCAAGAACCAGAACAACGCAUAAUGGAAAGGAGGGAGAAAAGAGAUAAGGAAGAAGGGCAUGAAAAAGAAGAGGAGGAAGUGGAUGAGGAGGAAGAAGAAGAAGAUGAUGAUGAAUCGGAGACAGAAGAUAUAUCAGAUUUAAGAAACAAAUGGCAUUUGGUGAUUGAUCGCCUCACCGUACUUUUCUUGAAAUUUCUCGAAUGCUUUCAUAAACUGCAAGUUUUUGUGUGGUGGCUUUUGGAACUGCACAUUAUCAAAAUUGUCUCAUCAUAUAUUAUCUGGGUCACAGUCAAAGAGGUUUCCCUCCUUAACUAUGUGUUUGUGAUUGCCUGGGCUUUUGCUUUGCCAUAUUCUCAGUUCCGCCCACUGGCAUCCAGUGUCUGCACUGUUUGGACCUGUGUAAUUAUCAUCUGCAAAAUGUUGUAUCAGCUUGGAACUAUUAACCCUGAAAUGUUUUCUGUCAACUGUACAAUGCCUAAUACAACUAAGCCUCUAGAAGACAUAAAUGAAUCACUACUUUACAGAAAGCCCAUUGAUCCAACUGAGUGGGUUGGAUUGAGAAAGUCUUAUCCACUUCUUGUAUAUCUGAGGAAUAACCUGCUGAUGUUGGCAAUUCUGGCCUUUGAAGUAACCAUUUACCGGCAUCAGGAAUACUACAGAUGUCGAAACAAUCUCACAGCUCCUGAGACAAAAACAAUUUUUCAUGAUGUUACCAGAUUACAUUUAGAUGAUGGAGUACUUAGCUGUCUUAAGUACUUUGUCAACUACUUCUUCUAUAAGUUUGGUUUAGAGAGCUGUUUCCUUUUGUCAGUAAAUGUAAUUGGUCAACGAAUGGAUUUCUAUGCUAUGGUUCAUGCCUUUGCGUUAAUUGCUGUGUUAUACCGACGCAGAAGAAAAGCCAUUGCAGAGAUCUGGCCAAAGUACUGCUGUUUUCUAUCAUGCAUCAUUACAUUCCAGUACUUCAUUUGUAUUGGCAUCCCACCUUCUCCUUGUAUAGAUUAUCCAUGGAGACAUCCUAAUGCCAACUUUAACUCUAAUAUCAUCAAAUGGCUAUACUUUCCAGAUUUUAUUAAGGAACCCAAUCCAGUCUUUCUUGUCUAUGAUUUCAUGUUGCUGCUAUGUGCAUCCUUACAAAGGCAAACAUUUGAAGAUGAGAACAAGGCUGCUGUACGUAUCAUGGCUGGAGACAAUGUGGAGAUUUGCAUGAACCUUGAGGCAGCAUCGUUUAGCCAACACAACCCUGUCCCUGAUUUCAUCCAUUGUCGAUCUUACCUAGAUAUGGGUAAAGUGAUAACAUUCAGUUACCUCUUCUGGUUUGUCCUAACCAUCAUCUUCAUAACAGGAACCACUCGGAUCAGUAUAUUUUGCAUGGGCUACUUGGUAGCUUGUUUCUAUUUCCUGCUCUUUGGAGGAGAUUUGCUACUCAAGCCUAUCAGAAGCAUUCUUCGCUAUUGGGAUUGGCUGAUAGCAUAUAAUGUCUUUGUGAUUACAAUGAAAAACAUAUUGUCGAUAGGCGCAUGUGGCUACAUCGAGUCAUUAAUUCAGAACAGUUGUUGGGUGAUUCAGACAUUUAGCCUGGCCUGUACAGUUAAGGGUUACAAAAUUCCUUUAGAUAAAAAUCCAGACUGCAAACUACCCAGUGGGGAGGCAGGAAUCAUUUGGGAUAGCAUUUGUUUUGCCUUUCUCUUGCUGCAAAGAAGAGUCUUCAUGAGUUACUACUUCCUUCAUGUGGUUGCAGAUAUUAAAGCUUCACAGAUUCUGGCAUCCAGAGGUGCUGAACUUUUCCAGGCCACAAUUGUGAAAGCUGUAAAGGCAAGAAUUGAGGAAGAGAAAAAAUCAAUGGAUCAGCUGAAGAGACAAAUGGAUCGUAUCAAGGCCAGGCAACAAAAAUAUAAAAAGGGUAAAGAAAGGGUGUUGAGCAUGAACCAAGAAACCUCAGAUGGGCAAGCAAUUGAAAAGGCUCCUGAAGAAGAUGAUGAUGGAGAAGCAGACAAAGAGAAAGCCAAGGGCAAAAAAAAGCAGUGGUGGCGGCCUUGGGUUGAUCAUGCUUCUAUGGUCAGAAGUGGAGAUUAUUAUUUGUUUGAGACGGACAGUGAAGAAGAGGAAGACGAAGAAAAAGAAGAGGAGGAAGAAGCUCCAAAAAGAUCUGCAUUCCAGAGAGCUAUUGCGAAAUUUGCUUCUGCCAUUUUAGCCUUGCCAAAGUCUAUUAUUAAACUGCCCAAAACUAUUCUUCAGUAUUUAAUCAGAGCUGCAAAGUUUGUUUAUCAGGCCUGGAUUACUGAUCCUAAAACUGCCCUCCGACAGAGGCGCAAAGAGAAAAAAAAGUUUGGGAAAGAAAGGAGACAAAGACGGAAAGGAUCUGGGGAAGUUGGUAUAGAUGUGGAGUGUGAAGAAAGAGAGGAACCUGUCAAAAAGAAGUCCUCAGACGGACCCGGUAAGCAAAGAUGCAAGAAAGAUAACAUUAUCAAAAGAAUAUAUAAUAUUUUGAAGUUUACCUGGGUUCUGUUUCUGGCAACAAUAGACAGUUUUACAGCUUGGCUCAAUUCGAUUUCAAGAGAGCACAUUGAUAUUUCCACUGUGCUAAGAAUCGAGAGGUGCAUGCUUACUAGAGAAAUCAAAAAGGGGAAUGUUCCAACUCGAGAGAGUAUCCAUAUGUAUUAUCAGAACCAUAUAAUGAAACUUUCUAGGGAAUCAGGAUUGGAUGAAAUUUAUGAACCUGGACAGGCUGAGAGGACAGAAAGUCUAGAAUCGGCAGUAUCUCGUGACAGCGAAUCCAGCUGCUGCACUGAAGCAACCACACUGUUGUUGUCAAGGCAGUCAACCCUUGAUGAUUUAGAUGGACCAGACCCUAUUCCUAAAACAAGUGAGCGUGCGCGUCCUAGGCUUCGUAAAAUGUACAGCAUGGAUAUGUCCUCCUCCUCUGCUGACAGUGGCAGUAUGGUGUCAAGUGAGGCUACCCAAAUCACCAUGCUGUAUUCUCGUCAGGGGACAGCAGAAACUAUUGAAGAAGUUGAAGGGGAGGAGCAUGAAGAAGGAGGAGGAGGAGAAGAAGAAGAAGAAGAGGGGGUAGAUGCUGCAUCGAGGCAGGAACAUGACAUGGAAGUUUAUUGCAUAGAUUCUGAAGGAGCUGCAUAUACUUCUGAUACAGACAUACCAUCCUAUUCUGGUUUGGAUGGCAUUGCUGAACCCCCUCCUUCCUACAGCAAAGCUGUGAGCUUGGAGCUUUUCCCCUUAGAUAGUUCCCAAGAUGGUUCCUCUGUCAAAAACCAUAUGAUGGUGAGCCCAGAUGAAAAUCAGUCUGACAAACCAGAAGAUUCUAUACUUCCUCCUUUGACACAUGAGCUUACUGCAAGUGAACUACUUCUAAACAAAAUGUUUCAAGAUGAGGAACUGGAUGAGUCAGAAAAAUUCUACUCUACUCAGCCUCGUUUUUUGCUGCUAAUUUAUGCUUUGUAUAAUACCCUUGUGGCUCGUUCAGAAAUGGUGUGUUUUUUUGUAAUCAUUCUUAAUCACAUGAUCUCUGCCUCCAUGAUUACCCUUGUGCUUCCUAUUCUUAUAUUCCUUUGGGCCAUGCUUUCCGUCCCGAGGCCUAGCAAACGUUUUUGGAUGACAGCUAUAGUCUACACUGAGGUAACAAUUGUUAUAAAAUAUUUUUUCCAGUUUGGCUUCUUUCCUUGGAAUAAGCAACUAGAACUAAACAAGGACAAGCCUUACCACCCUCCCAAUAUUAUUGGUGUUGAGAAGAAAGAGGGUUAUGUUCACUAUGACCUCGUUCAACUACUUGCUUUGUUUUUUCAUCGAUCCAUUUUAAAGUGUCAUGGAUUGUGGGAUGAAGAUGAUGGAGGAGACAACUGCAGCAGUAAAGGCGACUCUGAUGAUGAGUCAGUUGAGUCGGACAGGAGAGGUUCUGCUGGCUCUUUGACAUCAGUCAAUUUGGCAGCAUCUGUUGAAUCCAUACAUGUUCAUUUCCCAGAGCAGCAGACUGCCAUCCGUAGGAAAAGUUCAAGUAGUGGCUCACAGCUUUCUCACAGAUCCAGCUUCUCCUCACACCGUUCAAAAAGAGGAAGUACCAGCACACGGAACAGCAGUCAAAAAGGAAGCAGUGUGCUGAGCAUAAAACAAAAAUCAAGAAAAGAACUUCUCAUGGACAAGCUGCGGGAACAACUUAUCAUAGCUAAGGCAUUUACCAUUAAAAAGACCCUUCAGGUAUAUGUGCCCAUCAAACAGUUUUUCUACAAUCUUAUCCACCCAGAUUACAGUGCUGUGACUGAUGUUUAUGUCCUGAUGUUCCUUGCUGAUACUGUCGACUUCAUUAUCAUUGUGUUUGGAUUCUGGGCUUUUGGGAAACACUCUGCAGCAGCAGAUAUCACCUCUUCAUUAUCAGAGGACCAAGUGCCAAGUGCAUUCUUAGUGAUGGUGCUAAUUCAGUUUGGAACCAUGGUAGUAGAUCGGGCACUGUAUCUAAGAAAGACUGUCAUGGGAAAAGUCAUCUUCCAGGUCAUACUUGUUUUUGGUAUACACUUUUGGAUGUUCUUUAUCUUGCCUGGAGUAACAGAAAGGAAAUUUAGCCAAAAUAUUGUUGCACAACUUUGGUAUUUUGUGAAAUGUGUUUAUUUUGGCUUAUCGGCAUAUCAGAUACGUUGUGGCUACCCAACUCGUGUACUUGGCAAUUUCCUCACAAAAAGUUACAAUUAUGUAAACCUCUUCUUAUUUCAGGGAUUCCGCUUGGUACCAUUCUUAACUGAGCUGAGGGCAGUAAUGGACUGGGUUUGGACAGAUACCACAUUAAGUCUCUCUAGCUGGAUCUGUGUUGAAGAUAUUUAUGCUCAUAUAUUCAUCCUAAAGUGCUGGCGAGAGUCUGAAAAACGAUAUCCACAGCCAAGGGGCCAGAAGAAGAAGAAGGUUGUGAAAUACGGAAUGGGUGGCAUGAUUAUCGUCUUGCUGAUUUGCAUCGUUUGGUUCCCUCUGCUCUUCAUGUCUCUAAUUAAAUCUGUUGCAGGCGUCACAAAUAAACCUCUUGAUGUAUCCAUUACAAUAACUUUAGGAGGUUAUCAGCCUAUUUUUACUAUGAGUGCUCAGCAGAGUCAACUAAAAAAUAUGACAUCAGCGGAAUAUAGCAGUUUCCUAAAGAGUUUUCGCUCUAAUACAGCUGCUCUACAGUUUCUAGAAAACUAUGGUAAUGAAGAUAUAACAGUUGCACAGCUAGAAGGCAAUUCAAAUUCCUUAUGGACUAUCAGCCCUCCCAGCAGGAAAAAAAUGAUUGAUGAGCUCAAUGCAGAGAAUGCUGAAUUUUCUGUAGUUAUUUCAUGGAGUAUUCAAAGAAACCUCUCCCUUGGAGCAAAAGCAGAAAUAGCAUCUGAUAAACAGAGUCACAACCUACGAAAGCAAGCAAGAAAACUUAUUGCUAAAAUGAUGGACAACCAAAUGCAACCUGCACCUGUAAUACUGCAUGAAGUGUAUCCACGCUAUAUCAAGGCACCUAGUGAUUCUGUUGCAAAACCCAUAAAGCAGCUCUUGACAGAUGGAAAAAAUGAAGACAUCACUGUUUCACUGUCCAGGCAUAAUGAAACUGAGUGGUGGGUUCUAAACCAGACUAAAAAAACUCUAGGAGCAGGAAAUACAAGCCUGGAACUUAUUGUGUUCAGUGACAAAGUUAGCCCUCCGAGCCUGGGAUUCUUGGCAGGCUAUGGCAUCAUGGGCUUAUAUGCUUCAGUCGUCCUGGUAAUAGGAAAAUUUGUCCGUGAGUUCUUCAGUGGGAUUUCCCACUCCAUCAUGUUUGAAGAGCUGCCCAAUGUAGAUCGCAUCCUCAAAUUGUGCACCGACAUCUUCUUAGUGCGGGAGACUGGUGAACUGGAAUUGGAAGAAGAUUUAUAUGCCAAAUUAAUAUUCCUGUACCGCUCCCCAGAGACUAUGAUCAAAUGGACUAGAGAAAAAACAAAUUGAUCUUUUCGGGAUUUGCAUUGUAAUUCAAGAUGACUUCAACUGGUUGUCGUUUUUUUAAAAAACAAAACAAAGCACAACAUUCUCUUAAGAGGGAAGCCUUUUAUAAUUAGGUAGCAAUGAAUUUUCUGUUUGUGGAGUCCAUUUGGCUCCCUAGAAAUAUAUGCUGCCUUUCAAAUCAAAGAUGAAGAAAGCUAGCCUUUGUUUUCAAAUACAACUCCUCUAACAUCAGAGAAAUCUGCUUUUCAUUUUAGUGAACAAAAUAUUCUGCAUCCAUGUCUGACUUGGGCUUCAGCUCUCAUUCUCAAGGGAAAAAGAAGGAUAUCACAGCUGAAUUAAUCAGAUCCUCACUUAUUCUGGAGUGGUGUGCAAUAUGCUGUUUUGCAUCACUUUCAAGGGGCAGCAGUGAUCUGAGGAGUUGUUCUAGAAAAUCCAAGACAAUGGAUUACAGAGGGUGCUGAAGGCAACUUUGUUAUGUGCAUUUCUAGAAAACCAGAUCUGCAGAUGUACUUCUGGAAGGAAAAAAACUUCACUGACAUUAUCUUUAACUGCCUUAUUUUAUUUGAACAAUUAACAGGAGGCAUUGAAAACAUCAGUGACUUUACUCAGGAAAAUAAAAACUGUCAAAAGUUUAACUAGCGAAUAAUGAUUAUGGUGAAGCGUUGUAAUAUUUUGCUGGGCCAACUGCUCCCAAGUAGCCAGGUAUUUUUUUAAAUAAGCCAGUUGAACUUUAUGAUGCCUUUGGCUUGUUCAAAUAUAGUAUGUUUGGCAAAACAAAUUAUCAUUUGUUUUAAUAUCUGAACUCAAGCCUCUCCAAAAACAAUGAUUGGCUGGGAGCUGACGAACUCGCACCUGAAGCCACAGUUUAGAGCUGGUUUACAAACCACAGUGCGCGCCGACUGUGGUUUGCUGUUAUGUCUGAAUUCACAGACCAUUGACAAACCACAGUUAGGGCCAUUGCUCUGCUUUAAGAGGCUGCUGCACCAUGGAAAUUAGAAUGAAUUUAAGAAGCUUGAGUCUUGGGCAGCUGGGAAAGGAAAAGAAGCUUUAAACUGUUGUAUUACUGUUGUACAUUGGAAAGGUCAAAACCAUGGUGUGAUUUUUUUUAAACGGUGAAUACCAUUAAUCAUGGUUUUGCAUUUCAUUUGAACCCAGCCUUUGAUUUCUUGGAAACAUUUAAAGACAAAAUAGGGGAAAGCAUGUUGUAGGAAGCAAAAGAAAACGAUCACCCUAUACGGACGUUUAAAUGUAAACCAUCUGACUUCUACCUAGUAUUUUCCUUCCAGUGUUUCAGGUAUACAGAAAUGUUAACAUAUGCAAAUUCUCGUUUUUAUGUCCAGGAUGUGUUUUUAAAGUUCCUAAUUAUGAUAAAACAUAUAUAUAAUGAGCUUGAAAAAAAGGGGCUUUUCUUAAAUUAUUGCUAUUGGUGAACACCGGCUAUUUAGCAGAGGACAGUGUAGCAUGAACAUUUAAGUGUUGCAAUGUAAUUUGCAUUACAUGGUUUAGAAAAUGCAAUUUCUCAGCAACAGAAAAAUCACUGAAUGGAUAAGGUAUGUUAAGGGGUUUUACUGUGCAGUUUUCACUCCAUACUGACAAAUAAAGCACAUGCUGCAAAGUCAUUUCAGAAGUAUUUUUUCAUAUGCUUGUUUACAUUGAAUGAAUUUUUUUUAUAAACUGAAAGUGUCUACGUAGUGAGAUUGUCAGUAAUCAUUGAACUAUCAUAACUAUUUAUUGUAUUUGAUAAUGUUACAAGUCACUAGAAGGUAGAUGGGAACUGAACAGGAAACUGUAAAAUUACUUGCACAUUUUAGUCUAGGGUGUAUGUUAGGUAGAAGAAAAUUGUGACAUGACAUGCCCACACAGUUGAUCUGUUUCCAUCAAAACAUUGCUGGUAUAUUUCAAUACUGUGAAAAUUAGCAUAUUGACACUAGGAAGUGCACACCAAAAUAAACCACUUUGGGAUAUUGCACCAAUAAAACGCAUGGUGACUCGACACAUAUUCAAAUGUUAUUAUAAUUUUCUAACAAAGCAUAGUUAGUCUAGCUCUCCUUGUAAAAAAACCAUUGACAGAAGCAACAUAAACAACGUCCUUUAAAGACAUAAAUGAAGUGUUUACAAAUACCGUAUAUGCAGACCCUAAACUUACACAAGAUGAAAACUUGCAUACAUUAGACUUCACUUAGAAAUCAGAUGUUUCAGGGCCGUUUGUUCCCAUUUUUUACACAUUUUCCUCCCUUUACCUAUGUAGCUAAAUGCGCCUACUUCUUAAGGAGAACUCUUCAUGUAUCUGACAACGGCUGCAGUCCACAAAAGCUUGUGCCAGAAAGCUAACAAAAAUAUCAUUUUCCUCUGCUACUGUUUUACUGCAAGAGAUUUAACAUGGCUCCCCUAUGGAAUUUGAAUCAAAUUAGUAAGACAGAACCAAUAGAGAAGCUGACUGGUAUAGAAUGGCCCUGCUAGAUUUAGGCAAAAGUCAGGCACCCCGUUUCCCCAUUGCAGCCUACCUCACGUUUCCAUGAAUAUCGCAAGUAGGCCAUGGAGGGAAGAGUUUGUCCCUGUUGUUUUCCCAUCAGCAGCUAGUAUCCAGGAGCACCUUGCUUCAGAAUUGGGUAGUUGCGUUUAGCUAUCAAGAAUUUGUCUAAAUACUCCAUUUUAAAGUUAUCCAGAAUCAGUGGCCAUCACCUCAUAUUGGGGCUGCAAAUUCUAUGAGCUAAUUAUGUGUUAUGUAUGGCUAUCCUAUUUCCAUUCAAUUUCAUUGAACGGCUUUAUGUUCUAGUACUAGGAAAGAGACGAUAACUUCUCUGUCCACUUUCUGCACGCUAUGCAUGAUUUUAUAAGCCUCUCAAAACUUUCCCACUUUAGACAUCUUUUUUCUAAAGUAUAAUGCCCCAGAAGGUGCUGCAGUUCCUGCUGACUUUGUAAUUGUUAAUAUGUCUCUGCCUUCUUGACCUCUGCUAGUUAUUUAUUACUCCUCCAUUCUCAAGCCAUACUUGUCACUUUGGGCCAGUAAUCAUCAUUUUAAAGGAAAUGCUUCCCACUGAAAUUGUAACAAUACAUGAGGAUUUGUGCAGUCCUCAAAUGCUAUCUGCUAGGAAAUAAAAGUCCUUUGUACAUGUCCUGUGUCCUCAAGGUGCUGUGUACUUCAGUACAGGACUGGACAUAGGAAACAGCAGAUUAUUUGAAUCUUCCAAAACUCUACUGCCUUUUUCUGAUCAAAGCUAUAUAGGGCUCUAAGUAGCAUGGUUGAGCUCUACACAACCACCAAAGCAGAUUAAAGUCUUAAAUCACAUUUAAAUCCUUACUGAAUGAAAACUGUGUGUCUGAUUAUCUCUCCUGUACAUGCAUGUUAUUUAUAAAGCAUAACUUUUUCAAAGAAUUAAUUAUAUGUAUCUUCUCGUUUUUUUAGAACAACGUUGUGAUACAUUACACCUAGGGAUCGGCCUUGAUUUGUACCAGGACAAUGUCCUGGAACAUGUGAAGUAAUAAAGUACCUCCAACUUUGUGCAGAGUGCUUUUCUCUUGCCACUGAGUAACCAACUGCAGUCUUUCCCAUCACAUUAGGAUUAAAACUUUAAUGACCAGGCAAAUGGCAUGGCAUCCAAGUAUGCCUGAGCCCUGGUGACUAUUUCUUGAAGAUAAGCACUAUCCAAUAAUGGAAGUGUUUUUUUCUGUUAGAGCAAGAACUUCUAGAAAGAUGGCUCCAAGAAUGGCUUAAGCUCAUUUCCAUGGCAAGGUUAAACACCAUGAAUGUCUGUGGGGAUCAUUGCAAGUCAGUCAGCAAGAGUGAUGAAGUGUGCUUUCUAUCUGAUACUACGAACCUUGGGGUGGAAGUAUAGCUAUCUAUCUAAUGUACCUCUAGGCCCCAGCCUCUCAUUUAAACAAAAAUCAUGUACAAUGGAAUCCCUACUUACACAGGGUGAGCACAAGUGGGGAUUCCCCUGUUCCACCCCCUUUUGGUGAUGAAAAAGGUGCACGCAAAUGGCACACAAGCAAGUGAGGUGGUACCUGUACUUGAGCUGUGUAGGCACACUCAAUAAGCCUAAUUGGAAAAGAGAAUGUUGCACAGAAUAGAUUUUUAAGAAAGCAGGAAUGUCAUGGUGUCUCAGUUCUGGUGGUUAUUGAUCCAUCCCACUUUCAGCAUUUUUUCUUGCAGCUAAAACUGUAAAUACAUGUAAAAAGCUAUGAAUGCACUAUAUCAAGCUAUGGUUUAGUGUUUGAUUUUGUUGCCUGAAAUGCAGUGUGAAAAAACAGUGGCAAUGUGACUAGCAAAAAAAAAAUGUUAAAAUACUAAUACCCUUUGUAUAAUGUAAUUAUGAUAUGAAAAGGCCUUUUUCUUGAUUAAAGUUUCUUUUAAAAAUAA